GUCAGUGGGCCACGGCCGAAGAACCAAGGCUUCUGUGCAUGCCCAGGCGGCAGGGCAGCCAUGAUUCUGUCCUCUUAUAGCACCUUCCAAUCUGUUCUCUGCUGCUGCUGCUGCUGCUCCAUGCAGAAGAGGCAAGUAAGAACACAGAUAAGCCUCAGCAAGAACGAAGAACCUGCAGAAAAUUAUUCCCAGCAUCGCAGGCCAUGGCUCGACAAGCUGAAGAGCAAAAAGCAAUCCAACAGAGGAGGGGCGCAACCCUCAAAACGCAAGCCGCUGCCUCCCCUCCCGCUCUCAGUGCUUGCUGAAGAGAAGAUCCAGGUCAAGGCUCUCUAUGAUUUCAUGCCCCGGGAGCCCUGCAAUUUGGCACUGAAGAGAGCAGAGGAAUACCUGAUAUUGGAGAGGUGUGAUCCUCACUGGUGGAAGGCCAGGGACCGUCUUGGGAAUGAAGGCUUAAUCCCAAGCAACUACGUGACAGAAAACAGAGUCACCAAUUUAGAAAUAUAUGAAUGGUAUCAUAAGAAUAUUACAAGAAACCAGACGGAACGCCUACUGAGGCAAGAGGCUAAAGAAGGUGCAUUUAUUGUGAGGGAUUCGAGACAUUUGGGGUCUUAUACAAUUUCUGUGUUUACAAAAGCUGGAAGACACACAGAGUCUUCAAUAAAACAUUAUCAGAUUAAAAAGAACGACUCAGGACAAUGGUAUGUCGCUGAGAGACACCUCUUUUCAUCAGUUCCAGAGUUGAUCCAGUAUCACCAGUACAAUGCUGCUGGUCUCAUGUCCCGUCUCCGAUAUCCAGUUGGGCUCCUGGGCAGCUGUUUACCAGCCACAGCUGGUUUUAGCUAUGAAAAGUGGGAGAUAGACCCGUCUGAGUUGACCUUUGUGAAGGAGAUUGGAAGUGGUCAGUUUGGGGUAGUCCACUUAGGAGAAUGGAGAGCACACAUCCGGGUCGCCAUCAAGGCCAUCAAUGAAGGUUCCAUGUCCGAAGAGGAUUUCAUCGAAGAAGCCAAAGUGAUGAUGAAACUGUCACACUCGAGGCUGGUUCAGCUCUAUGGGGUGUGUAUACAGCAGAAGCCCCUCUACAUAGUGACAGAGUUCAUGGAAAAUGGCUGCCUGCUCAAGUACCUGCGGGAGAGGAAGGGCACGCUUCGGAAGGCCUUGCUCUUGAGCGUGUGCCAGGAUGUCUGUGAAGGGAUGGCGUACCUGGAGAGGAGCUGCUAUAUCCACAGGGAUCUGGCAGCAAGGAACUGUUUGGUCAGUUCUUCCUGUGUAGUAAAGAUCUCAGACUUCGGGAUGACGAGGUACGUUUUGGAUGAUGAAUACAUCAGUUCCUCUGGAACUAAGUUCCCAGUCAAGUGGUCCCCACCUGAAGUCUUCCAUUUUAACAAGUACAGCAGCAAAUCUGAUGUCUGGUCAUUUGGAGUUCUAAUGUGGGAAGUUUUUACAGAAGGGAAAAUGCCUUUUGAAAAUAAGUCCAAUCUGCAAGUGGUGGAAGCCAUUUCUAAAGGGUUCCGCCUGUACCGCCCUCACCUGGCCCCCAUGUCCAUAUAUGGAGUUAUGUACAGCUGUUGGCAUGAGAACCCUAAAAGUCGCCCAACAUUUGUGGAACUGCUUCAGGUUCUCACAGAAAUUGCCGAAACCUGGUGACAUGAAAUGGAAUGCCAGCCCACAGGGUCAUCUUGCAUACCUGUCACAAGGUGAAAUCAUGGGCAUCACUGACAGCGAGUAUCUUCCAUUAGGGUUAUUGACUCUUGGCAAUGGAGCAAAAAGGUCACAGACGUUCCACACAGAUUUCAAUACAAAAUAUUCUGAUAGUCUUUCUACACAUGUGGGAGGGACUUCUGAAAUCCACUAUCUCAUACCAUAUGUGAAGGAAGUAGAUAACAUCAGCCUUCCGAGUGGCUUCUUCGUGAUAGGCACCUUCAGAACCCUCGAAUAUACAUGAAACCCUGAUUCUUUAUAAGGCUAAGGCAACGUAUGGACUAAAGAAGCUCUCUUAGAGUUUCUAUCGCUGUGAAGAGACACCAUGACCACAGCAACAUUUAAUUGAGGUGGUGGUGGCUUACAGUUCCAGAGGUUUAGUCCAUUAUCAUCAUGGUGGGGAGCAUGGCAGCGUGCAGGCAGACAUGGUGCUGGAGAAGGAGCUGCUACAUGUUGAUAUGUAGGCAACAGGAAGUAGACUGAGAGUCACACUGAAUGAAGCUUGAACAGAAGAGACCUCAAAGUCCGCCCACACAGUAACAUACUCCCUCCAACAAGGUCACACCUACUUCAACAAGGCCACACCUCCUAAUAGUGCCACUCCUUUUGGAAGACAUUUUCUUUCAAUCCACCACAAAAGCCUCCCUGCAAACUUUCGUGUUUGGGGCUAUAUCAAUGUCUAUAGAAAACAUA